UAUUUCCCUCUGAGAUGUAGCGGAGUGGAAGUAUAAAGUAGCUGACGAAUGAAAUACUCAAGUACCUCAAUAUUGUGCUUAAGUUCAUUACUUGAGUAAAUGUAUUUAGUUACUUUCCUCCACUGGCUCCACUUGGUUUCUUGAUAGGAUACCUUUAAAACUAACGACUGGACCCGCCAUGGUUUAGCUUUUAGCAUCAAACAGAAGACUUUGGGCCCCGCGGGUUAGACUGCACAGGUACUGAAACUCUUUCGUUACACCAGGGAUUUGCUGAAAUGCACCCAGUUAGCGUGUUUUAAGACUUGUACACAGAAUGAAUGAAUUGCACUGUAGCUGCUUGUUGGCGAUAUUCGACUGUAGUACAAAUGUUUGGUUGUGUGGUUUUCUUUGUCGUGUAUGUUUUGGUACGUGUGCUAAACAGUGAUGCAAAACCAAUCGCAAUAAUGUCAGAAAUCUUAAACUGAAUCUAAUCUAAUGUUAACAAGCUAACAUUAGCAAGCUAAAAGGAUAGUUCAGCUUGUUAAUGUGUGUUAGCAUGCUAACUCUAGUUAUGUUAACAUUCAAAUGUUAAGAUUUUUUACAUUAACAAACAUUUGGUACUUAAUUUAUCUGACCUGUGUUAUAGUGUAUUAUAUUGUUUGCUUAGUGCUUCUCUUCCUGUGUGCGCUGACGUGACAGUGAGCUGCUGUAACGAAAGAGUUUCCCCUCGGGGAUCAAUAAAGUAUUUCUGAUUCUGAUUUAGCUCAAAGUCCAGCUGAGUCUGAUGAAACCUGAUCCGAGAAGCUGGUCUGAAACGUCCUAAAAAGGCCGCCGUUCAGAGGACAAACCCGUUGAUUUAGGUAACUCCUGUAUAUGAUCUUUGUCCUGAGGGUGGCGCCAGUGUAACGUACCAGGUUAAGAUUAGAUUAGGUUGGUUUUCUGGAGUGUGAUGAAGAUUAUGUCCUACAGGGCUGCAGUCUAAAUUCACCUCCUGUGCGUCUUCAGCCGGUAGAAACAGUGAGCAGUCUGUGCUGAGGAUCCUGGUGACAUCUUGUGUCGAUGUUGAUCCUUUUAUCUCCUCGGUCGGCCUCCUCGGGCUCUCAGCUGCUUACAGCACAAGAGGAUUAGCGUUUCCCUGCAGGAGGAUCAGAGCAGAGCAUCGGGCGGAGAGGAGAAGUGGCUGCAGCUGAAGCAGAGAAUGGAGCUGCGUGGACGGGUGGAGGUGUUCAGGCUGCUGCUGGUCUGCUGGCUGGUAGUCGGGCCGGUGCUGGCUCAGGUCCGCCACCCUCUGCCUGCGCUGUGGAUGAUGCCCGUCAGCUGUGGGUCGGGCAGGGAGAACGUGACCGCUGCUGUGGCCCCGGCUGUCCGACUGGCUCUGCAGGACCUGAAGAGACAACCACCUCCGCUGGGAAACUAUGAGAUCCAGCUCCAGCUGCUGGACUCUCAGUGUGAUCCUGCUAAAUCACUCAAAGCUCUGUUUGACGCCAUGUGGGCGGGGCCGAAGUACCUGCUGGUGUUCGGAGGGGUGUGUCCAUCUGUGACGGCGCUCAUCGCCCGCUCUCUGCCAGCUCUCGACCUGGUGCAGGUAUCUUUUGCGGCCUCGUCCCCCAGCCUGUCCAACAGGAAGUGGUACGGGAACCUGUUCAGCACGGUGCCGUCAGACCGAGCUCUGAACCAGGCCACAGUGAAGCUGCUGCAGCGCUACAGGUGGACCAGAGUCGGUAUCAUCACACAGGAAGGACCCAGACUCUCAGAGGUGAUGCUGAAACGCCACAGGGAUGUUCACGAUGCUAACGAUGAUAUGAAGAAGGAUCUGAUCAGACAGCUGCUGAAGGCUGAUGUUCAGGCUGUUUCCACAGAAAGUCUCUCUGAGGACGUCUGCAGCAGCGUGAGGAGGCUGAAGGAAAGUGAUGUUCGGAUCAUCAUCGGACAGUUUGAAGAGGAUUCUGCCUCUGAGGUUUUCUGCUGUGCCUACAGACUGAACAUGUUUGGAGCUCGGUACCAGUGGGUGGUUGCUGAUGGAGGAACGGCUGGAUGGAGGCUGGGGCGGCCGGUUUCUGGCUGCGCGGCCAACAGUCUGCUGAUGGCUGCGGACGGAUCCAUCAGGCUACAGAUCAGACAGCUCAGCUACACAAACACGCCGGGAGUCUCUGGACGGACUCCUCGGGACUACCAGGACUCCUACCUCAGACGUCUGAUCCAGGUGGGGUCAGAGGUCAGCCCCCUCCACACCUUCGCCUACGACGCUGUUUGGGUCGCGGCCAGAGCCCUCAGUCAGGUGAUGGAGGCUGUGAAGCACAGAGAGAAGUACAGCAGCCAGAGAAACGUGAGCGUCAGUGAGGAGGAAGUUCACAAGAGGCUGCUGGAGGCCGUGAAGCAGACGCAGUUUGAAGGAGUCACAGGUCCGGUUUCCUUUCGGAAUGGGGAGAGAGUGACAUCGAUCGAGCUGAUCCAGUUUCAAGGCAGCAGCGGUGUGCUGGUGGGGGAGUUCGGUACUGCCACCCAACAGCUCCGACUGAUGAACCACCUGCUGCGGUUUAAAGGUCCAGGACCAGCCAGAGACCGGACUCUGGUCCUUGAGGUGCGGCGGCAUGUCAGCCUCCUCCUGUACGGCAUCGCUUCAUCGGCUGCAGCUGCGACCAUCUUCGUCACUCUGGCUGUCCUCUGCUUCAGCAUCGUCAGCCAUAGACGCUGGACGCUGAGAUGGAGCGGUGGAUCCCAGGACGAGCUGCUGCUGCUGCUGGGCAUCCUGCUCUCCUCAUCCUCAGUCCUGAUCUCCGGUCUGGACGGAGCCUCGCUGUCCGACCAGACAUCUGAGCUCCUCUGCUCUGUUCGUCUGUGGACUCUCUCAGUGGGACACACUGUGGGCUUCGCUGUGCUGUUCACCAAAACAUGGAGGGUUUACUCACAGAAGCAGACUCGUCUGCAGCGAGCCGGCUGUGUGGUGCUCUGGAUGGUCCUGCUAGAUGUGUUUGUUUUAACCUCCUGGCAAAUCCUGGACCCCCUCAGACGGGUGGUGCUGCAGCACAGCUUGCAGCGUGACCCUGCUGAUCAGGACGUUAUUGUCCGGCCGUACUCUGAACACUGCAGCAGCACCAACAUGGAGCUGUGGCUCACUGCUGUCUACGGAUACAAAGGACCUCUACUGGGUCUUGGAUGUUUCGUUGCCUGGAACAUCAGGACUGUGCAGGUAGAUCAUCCAGCUGUCAGCAGUAAACACCUGACACUCAGUAUGUUUGCUGUGACGGUGUUCAGUGUGUCAGGAGUGGCAGGAUCACUGCUGACGUCCCACAAUCCUCCUGUUCAGUUCUGUCUGACCAGCGUCCUCAUCCUCUGCUGUAACAUCUUCAUCCUGAGCUGGCUGUUUGGACCAAAGUUUUGGUAUGUGUGGCUGAACGGCAGCGAGCUGCAGGGAGAAGCUGAAGAGCAGCUGAGCAGCUUAAACCAGCAGCUGAAGAGUCUAACUGCACAGCUUGAUGUAGAAAUAGAAACCAUCACCAUGCAACUCUCGGAGACGCCCGAGUCAGCUGCUCCUGACCAGAAGCUUCACCACCUGCCAAGAGAAAAAAACAACGCAGGUGAAGUCAGAUCCGUGACGUUGACUCAUGUAGCUCAGGUCUGUGCUGAGGACAGAAACUCAGAGAGGAAACCGACAAGUCCAGACGGCAUAAACUCUCCUGAACAUGUGCGGCGACGUCUGUCCCUGCAGCUGCCGAUCCUCCAUCACUCCUACCUGCCCGCCAUCGGUGGCAUCAGCGCCAGCAGCUCCAUUCUGUUCGGCAGCCGGGAGGCCUUCGUUCACCGCGACCUGCUGACGACAACUCCCUGUACGCCUAACGGCACACAACUGGAGCCACUUUACUGCUGAACCAAUCAGACGGCAGCCGCGACCUUCACUUGUGAACGGCUGUUCUGAACUAGAGGAUUUUGGUCCAGUAUUUAUAUAUUUUAUUAUUAGAUAUGGAAAUAUAUAUGGGACCAUGUAUAUUCACAAUAGUACCCUUUCCCACCCAGAGUAACAGCACCAUUGUAAUCCCGACUCUUUGUGAUUUUAAUCUAACACUGUUACGAAUAACGUGAUUUGUAAGAAAACUUUUUUGCCAUUAAAAUGUUUUAUAAUCUA